UGUAAGCCAAGGUUCCAUUGCCAAUUGACAUCACAAACGCGUGUGUGUUGUAUUAAAAUUUAUACUAUUAAAUUCAAUUAACAAACAAAAAAAAUAUAUAUAUCAAGUGAUCAUUAAGUAUCUCCAUAAAAGUACACAGUCUGAAAAAUAAUAUCGACAAAUAAUAAAAAAUAAAAUACUACAAUAAUUGAAAAUUGUUUAUGGGUGCAUCACAAUCUGGACGAUUGAAGGACAAGAUGAAUAGUGAUAAUAAUAUGGCAAAUGAUAAUUCAAAUAAUGAGGGGACAAGUAGUAGUAGACCAUUGUCAAUUCAAGCACCAACAACAAAUAAUAUUCAACGAGUAGAUAAUCAGCCAAGACAGCCUAGAAACCUUCAAGGUUUACUAAGAUUUACUAUGGAUGCAGCCAAGGAUGAGAAUACAUCUGUUCCAACAACCGUUGCACCACUUGAUGAAGAACGAAAAAAAUUUCUCAAUGAUGCCUUGAAUUCAUUGACAGUAAAUCCAAUAGAAGUACUUCAAAAAUCAGUUAAAAUAUUGUCAAAUGUAAUGGACUUGAAAGCUGAAGAUGAUCCAAAAGAUUUUGAGGGUGCUUUGGAAAUUAUUGUUAAUUAUGUUGAUUCAAUGGAUAUGGCAAAUGAUUUUUACAAAAUUGGAGGUUUUGCAAUAUUUGGACCAUGUCUAAAUUCACCACACAGUACAAUUAGAUGGAAAGCUGCUGAUAUUAUUGCUGAAGUAACACAAAAUAAUCCAUAUUGCCAGGAAAAAAUUUUAGAAAUGGGACUAAUGCCAAUUUUAUUGGGUAUGGUUGAUACUGAUCCAUCUGAACAAGCAAGAAUAAAAGCACUUUAUGCUGUAUCAUGCAUUGUCAGGGGUAAUUCAUUGGCUUUAAAGUAUAUGGACAUUAAUGAUGGAUAUAAAAUUCUCAUGAAAGCUAUACAAAGUCCAGUUGAAAAAUUACAAAUUAAAUCAGCAUUUUUAUUAUCAGCACUUUGUAGUAGAGAAAAUUCACAUCCAAUACGUACAAAAUUAAUAAAAAUGGGACUUAUUGAACAAGCUGCUGGAUUAUUGUCAAUGGAAUCAGUUUUACCAGACACGAGGGAUCGAUUAUUGAGUCUCCUAAAUAGUCUCACGGCAAACAACAAUCUACCAGCUUUGAGAGAAUGUAGGCGAGCUGAAUUAUGUCUUAAAAUGACCUUGGAACGACACUUGAAAGACCUAAAAGAUGAAGAAGCUGUUGAUGAAGCUCAAUUGUGUUCUGAGUUACUUGAUAAAAUAUUUGCUGAUCAAUUAAAAAAUUAAAAAAAAAAACAAUAAAAUAUUGUCAAUAGAAUAUUAAAAAAUUGUAUUUUAAUUAUAUAAUUUAUUUAACUUGGCCGACAAUAACUUUAAUGUAAACUUAAUUAAACUUUUUUGAUUUAUUAAAUAUUCAUUUAAAAAAUCAUAAUUGAAAAAAAAAAGCAAUUUGUUAGACUGUUUUUUUUUUUUUUUCGUUAUCUACUUUGAAUUUAUUAAACUUAUUUUUAAUUGAAAUAUAUUUUAAUCUUUAAUAAUGUAAUUAUAGCUAUCAUGAAUUUAACUAUGUAUUUUUUUGAAAGUAAAAAAAUUAUUUUACAUUGA